UUUAAAAAAACGAGCGUGCGAGCGGAGAUGCUGCUCCACACGGCGCAGGCGGCCGGCAGCACAGCGCGCUCUGGCCCCUCGGUGGCUGCAGCGACGGCCGUUCGGGAGGCCCGCGUGGCGACAGCGGGCACGGCCGGGCGCCGCCGCAUUUCCCCUCGGCGCCCCCGCUGGGGGUCUGGAGAGCGGCUGCCGGAGCAGCAGGCGCCGGCUGAGCUGCAGAAGCCCGCCGAGCCGCGUCCCGCUCGCCACGGUCCACGGCAGCCCCGACGCUGCCCUCUGACCGCGUCCGGCUCGCAGUCCCUCGCCCGGACACCAUGGACACCUCCUCGGUCGGCGCGCUCCUGUCCCUGCCGCUUCUGCUCCAGCUGGCGGCCGGGGUCGGCUCCCCGAGGCCAGGCGCGCUGCUGCGGGGAUGCCCCGAGCACUGUCAGUGCGAGCCAGACGGCAGGAUGCUGCUCAGAGUGGACUGCUCCGACCUGGGGCUCUCCGAGCUGCCCGCCAACCUCAGCGUCUUCACCUCCUACCUAGACCUCAGUAUGAACAACAUCAGUCAGCUGCCCCCAGAGCCCCUCCACAGCCUUCGCUUCCUAGAGGAGCUACGUCUUGCCGGAAACGCUUUGACAUACAUUCCCAAGGGAGCAUUUGCUGGCCUUUACAGUCUUAAAGUUCUCAUGCUACAGAAUAAUCAUCUCAGACAGGUACCCGCAGAAGCUCUACAGAAUUUGCGAAGUCUUCAAUCCUUGCGUCUGGAUGCCAACCACAUCAGCUAUGUUCCCCCAAGUUGUUUCAGUGGCCUGCAUUCCCUGAGACACCUGUGGCUGGAUGACAACGCUUUGACCGAAAUCCCUGUCCAAGCUUUCAGAAGUUUAUCAGCAUUGCAGGCCAUGACCUUGGCCCUGAACAAAAUACACCACAUACCAGACUAUGCCUUUGGAAACCUCUCCAGCUUGGUAGUUCUGCAUCUCCAUAAUAAUAGAAUCCACUCCCUGGGAAAGAAAUGCUUUGAUGGGCUCCACAGUCUAGAGACUUUGGACUUAAAUUACAAUAACCUUGAUGAAUUCCCCACCGCAAUCAGGACACUGUCCAACCUUAAAGAACUAGAAUUUCAUAGCAACAAUAUCAAGUCCAUACCUGAGAAAGCAUUUGUCGGCAACCCAUCUCUUAUUACAAUACAUUUCUAUGAUAACCCCAUUCAGCUUGUUGGAAGAGCUGCUUUUCAACACUUACCUGAGCUAAGAACACUGACUUUGAAUGGAGCCUCACAAAUCACUGAAUUUCCUGAUUUAUCUGGAACUGCAAGCCUAGAGAGUCUGACUUUAACUGGAGCACAGAUCUCAUCGCUUCCUCAAACCGUCUGCAAUCAGUUACCUAAUCUCCAAGUGCUAGAUCUGUCUUACAACCUGCUAGAAGAUUUACCCAGUUUUUCCAUCUGCCAAAAGCUCCAGAAAAUUGACCUCCGGCAUAAUGACAUUUCGGAAAUUAAAGCUGAGACUUUCCAGCAGUUGUUUGGCCUCAGAUCACUGAAUUUAGCUUGGAAUAAAAUUGCUAAUAUUCACCCUGAUGCAUUUUCUACUUUGCCAUCUCUGAGAAAGCUGGACCUCUCGUCCAACCGGCUGUCGUCCUUUCCUGUAACUGGGUUACAUGGUUUAACUCACUUAAAAUUAACAGGAAAUCAUGCCUUACAGAGCUUGAUAUCAUCUGAAAACUUUCCAGAACUCAAGGUUAUCGAAAUGCCUUAUGCUUACCAGUGCUGUGCGUUUGGAGUAUGUGAGAAUAUCUAUAAAAUUUCCAAUCAGUGGAGUAAAGGUGACAAUAGCAGUGUGGAUGACCUUCAUAAGAAAGAUGCUGGAAUGUUUCAAGUUCAAGAUGAGCGUGACCUGGAGGACUUUCUGCUUGACUUUGAGGAAGACUUGAAAGCACUUCACUCGGUGCAGUGCUCACCCUCCCCAGGCCCCUUCAAACUCUGCGAAUACCUGUUCGGCAGCUGGCUGAUCCGAAUCGGCGUGUGGACCAUCGCCGUCGUGGCCCUGACGUGCAACGCGCUGGUGACCUGCACGGUGUUCCGGGCCCCGCUGUACCUCUCGUCCAUCAAGCUGCUGGUCGGGCUGAUCGCGGCCGUGAACCUGCUCAUGGGGGUCUCCAGUGCAGUGCUGGCAGGCGUGGACGCCUUCACCUUCGGCAGCUUCGCCCGGCACGGCGCCCACUGGGAGCAGGGCGUGGGGUGCCAGCUGGUCGGCUUUCUGUCCAUGUUCGCGUCCGAGUCGUCCGUGUUCCUGCUCACCCUGGCGGCCCUGGAGCGGGGGCUGUCGGUGAAAAGCGCCGCCAAGCUGGACCCGAAGGCGCCGCUGGCCGGCCUGAAGGCGGUGGUCGCGCUGUGCGCCGCGCUGGCGCUGCUCAUCGCCGCCGUGCCCCUGCUCGGGGGCAGCGAGUACAGCGCCUCGCCCCUCUGCCUGCCGCUGCCCUUCGGGGAGCCCCGCGCCACCGGCUACAUGGUCGCCCUGGUCCUGCUCAACUCCCUCUGCUUCCUGGUGAUGACCGUCGCCUACACCAGGCUCUACUGCAACUUGGACAAGGGCGACCUGGAGAACGCCUGGGACUGCUCCAUGGUGAAGCACAUCGCGCUGCUGCUCUUCACCAACUGCAUCCUCUACUGCCCCGUGGCUUUCCUGUCCUUCUCCUCCCUGCUGAACCUCACGUUCAUCAGCCCAGACGUCAUUAAGUUCAUCCUGCUGGUCAUCGUCCCGCUGCCUGCGUGCCUCAAUCCUCUUCUCUACAUCCUCUUCAACCCCCAUUUUAAGGAGGAUCUGGGGAGCUGGGGCAAACAAACCCCCUUCUGGACAAGAUCCAAACACUUGAGCCUGAUGUCUCUCAAUUCUGAUGACGUGGAGAAGCAGUCCUGUGACUCGACCCAAGCUCUGGUCACCUUCGCCAGCGCGGGCAUCGCCUACGACCUGCCUUCCAGUGCCGCCGCCCCCCCAGCUUACCCAAUGACUGAGAGCUGUCAUCUGUCCUCGGUGGCCUUUGUCCCGUGUCUCUAAGAAAUACGGAAAAGUUUUCAGAACUGUGAGAGUGAGGACAGCGAAAAGGGAUUGAUUGAAACCUGAUGUUUUUGUUCGUUUGCAUAAAAAAAUAUCUCAGUAGGGAAAAAAAGCUAAAUUCCUAUGAUUACUGAAAAGUAAAGAGAAAAUCUAGGGAUGGAGAGAUAGUACAGUGAGUAAGUCAACCCAGGUCCCAUCCCCAGCACCAUUUUUGGUCCCCUGAGUAAUAUUAGGAGUGAUCCCUGAGCACAGAGCCAGGAGUAAGCCCUGAGCACUGCCGGGGUGGCCCCAAAAUAAAAACAAAGACACAGAUUCUCCAAAUUUUCAUUGAUUCUCUGCAAACUCAGCAGUCUGGUGAUUCAGGUUGUGUGUUGAGGGCAAGAGGGCUUAGGAUAGGCAGGUAACCCAAAGGAAGGAGGUUGAAACUCAAAACCCCUGAAAUGAUAAGGGAAAAUACUAGGAAAAUUGAAUCUAAGUGGUCUAGAUUUCUAAAGAAAGGUUGUGAUCAGUAAGAAUUCAUUUGAAAGAUCACACGGACCUGUUUUCGUCCUCUUUUGUGUCUGCUCAGGAAGAGUCCUUCCAGGUCCACCCCUGGCUGGACAACGUGAGACAUUAUUAACUCACUCGUAUUUACGUUAUUUUCAGAAAUACCAGAGAUAUCAGUUCUAGAUGGUUCACCCACAGUGGAAUUAAACUAACAAUUAUUUUUAAAGGAACAUGAACUAAAAGUCUUAAAUUGCUACUAAAGCAAUCAUGUACAGGUGAGGUUUGCCUAGCUUAAUUCAUUUUAUGCUUGGUGCCCAGAGCUCAGAAGAAAAGUUCGUGCUGGCAAUGGUAAUACCGUGAAAAAAUGGUAAGCAACCUGGGAUUUUUUUUUUCUGGGUGAGUGCACUUUCUUUUGCAGGAGGUUGAUUUAGAGAGAUGUGCAUCUUAAAAUCAUGAUCAAAUGCAGAUGCAACAUAAAUUGAACCCACUGACGCCAAUUCUCAUAACUCCUCUAGUAACUCUAGCAAGCAUGCCUGAAACUAUUUUGGACUCAACAGAGACUUAGUGACAUAUUAUCCAGUUUAUUAAGCUUGGUUUUAGCUGCGUUAUUUUAGAUCAGCCUACCUGAUGUCAAGAACAUGACUUCUCUGCCUAUUCCAUAUUUAAUGCAUGCAUUAGGUAUAUUAAAAGGCAAAAUUAUUAAAUGCUAAUGUGUGAAUUCAAAAUGAAAUCAAACUUAUUGUCCAACAUUUGCUUCAAUACAACCAAACCAAAAGAUGAUUAGGUAGAUUUAUUUUUAUAUAAGCAUGUUUAUUUUGAUCAGAUGUUUUACGUUGAAAUUGAAAAAUACGUUUAUGAGAUGUUUUAUAAUAUGUGUAAAUAUAGAACUGUAUUUAUUACUACAGUGAGGGUCAAUAACACUAAGGCCUGUAAUAAACCAUGUACAGAGGCAUUUUCUUCCCUAUAUAUUGUUUCUCUGCCACUUUUCUUUAAAGUCAUUAAGUUGUAUAAUAUAUGUAAAUGUAUAGUACUUGUAAAUAAAUUCCAAACUUCUUUUCUAUUGGGUGCAAAGUAAAAGAAAUUUGUAAUAAAAUGUGUC